CUCUACAAUCAACUUGUUGACUUCACGAAAAUGUUUAUAAUACCAAUCAGAGCUUCGUUUAAUUUCACAUGGGAUGGUUUGCUUCCUAAAGGCAGAAUAUAGCUUUCAAAUAUAUAUCUAUAUUUAUUUAUUUAUAUUGUUUCUGAAAUUUAUUCAAUUUUUCAAUUUUUUACAAUACCAUAAUUGCUGGAAUAUCUAUGUAUCAUGAACCAUACGAAACAUGCAUUCAAAUGGAUACGAUUAGAGCAACGUAUCAAGCGUGCACACACAGAGAAAAGGGGACUCAAACCGAUUUUUCCAACAGUUUAAUUCACAGAAAGCGUGUUUAGGCGAUAGUAUUCACUAAUUCUUUCCUCUUAUUGGCAUCUGCAUUAUCAAAAGGAAUUUGUUUUUAUUUCAUUCGCUUCUUCUUCUUGGAGUUGUGUUUCGUUAGGUAGUUUACGAAACAUAGCGUCUAAUAGGGUUGGGACUUGGUGGCGAACGUUUUCCGUUUAUCUAACUAUACAAAAAAUAAAAGUGUCCUGGAUCUGCCUGAUCAAGAUAAUCAUGAACGUCGAUGCGUCUCACUUCUUGGCGAGUUUAACUUGUAAUAAAUCUUACAUUAAGAAGAAAAAGUAUCUAAAGAGGAAGCGAAAGACUGUAUUGGAACGAGAGCAACGCAUCAACAACAGGCCACAUGAUGGGAAGAAAAAGUCCAAGAAAGCUCGCAAGGAUGCAUCUGAUGUAAAAAAGAAGGUGAGAAAACCUAAGACCACUGUGUCUGGUAUGAAAACGGGCAAAGAAACGUUGCUCAAAGAUAAAGCUAGAGCUUUGGUUAAGAUGGCAAAGUCAAAGAAAGAAAAGGUGGCUCCUUCCAUCCAGGAAAUGGCUCUUAAGCACGCUUCUGAAAAGCCUUCUUCCACAGAUGCAAAGAAAAGGGCAAAGGUUAAGAAACCUGAACCUCCUUCAAUUGCAGCAAACAAUGAUUUGACUCAUGAUAUCAGGACUAAAAGCACCUUUCCGACACUCUCUUCCUCCAUCCAUAGCGAAGGGUUUGACUCUGCUUUGCAAGAUGUGAGGGCUUUUAAUAUCUCACUAUAUAAUGAUGAGCUAGAUCGGGUAUUAAUUGAGCAGAUGAUACGUGGAAAGGAUUACAUCACAGGCGACGAAUCCAUCGCGGAGACGCGAAACUUUGUUCGUGAGGACCCUGCUCUUUACCCCCCUGAAGUUGCCUUUUACGAAGACCUGGCCGAGGAAAAGGAAGGGGAAGAUAUCACGGAGAAUUCCCUUCUUGACAAUGCGCACCGUUACUUUAAGGAAUUGAAUGCGAAAGAGCAUCAUAUAAAGCAAUCAGCGGCGGCGUACUUGAAAAGGAUGCGCAAAAUCAACCGACGCGGGGGUGAUAAAGAUGGCUUUCGCUAUGUUCUCCCCAGUAGCGUGAAGCAGGUAGCUCGUCAAAUGAUGCUUACAAAUAGCGUCGCAGCGAGUGGCGGUAAAAAUAGCGCUAUCCCCUUAGCGAUGGUGGGUACGACUGCACUGAAUUCUACUUUUGAUGGGGAUGGAGUUCGCGCAGCGGAAGCGAAGCCGAUGCGAUCUCGCCGCCUCCGUAUGAGCACCUUUUCUGAUUUUUAUAAGUUCCAAGUUAGCAAGCGUUGGACGCAGAAUGCGGAGAGCUUUUUGAAUCGCGGACGCGCCCAUAAGGCGCUUUUUAACGCAAAGAAGCGCCAGCGUAGUAUUCGGAAGUUGUAAUUUGUAACUUAGGUGGACAUGUUUCGGUUGUUGUUUCCCUUCUCGCCUUCGUCUUGCUAAUUUCUUGCCAAAUGGCAACCGAUGCGCCCAAUAAUCUAAAGCGUCUAAAUUAAGAAAUGUAAUUGAUAAAAUCUCUAAGAGGUGCGUACGAGGAACAAGCACGCCUCCAUCCCCC